AUGUCAAUACGUUACAUUGAAAACGCUAGAAAGAUCCUUUGCAUAGGUCGUAACUAUGCUGCGCACAUAAAGGAGCUUAACAAUUUUGCUCCUCUGCAGCCAUUUUUCUUCUUGAAGCCUACUCUGUCUAUUUUGAAGCCCAACAGUGGACCAUUCUUGGUUCCUAAGGGAGUUGUUGUACACCACGAAGUUGAAUUGGCUAUCAUCUUGAACCGUGAGUUGAAAAACUUACCUUCUACCUUUUCUGCGGAGGAGGCCCUCGAGUGUAUCGAUGGUUAUGCCUUAUCUAUCGACAUGACUGCUCGUAAUGUCCAGGACGAAGCUAAGAAGAAGGGCUUGCCUUGGUCAAUUGCCAAGGGAUUCGACACAUUUCUUCCAUUGUCCAAUUACAUUCCUAAAGAGAAAAUUCCAGACCCUUACAACGUAGAAUUAAGUCUUAGUAUCAAUGGGGAAGAAAAGCAAAGAGAUUUGACUAAUUUGAUGAUCUUUCCUAUCCACAAGAUCUUGUCCCAUGUGUCUACUAUGAUGACCUUGGAGAAGGGUGACAUGAUCUUGACCGGAACUCCAAAGGGUGUAGGAAAAGUAAAUCCAGGUGACGUAAUCAGGGCCACUAUCUCUUCAGAUGGUAAAUUGAUCGAAGAUGCUACAAUUGAGUUCACUGCCGAGCAAAAGCCUGGACCAUAUGAGUUCAAGGAGAUAUAG